AUGACAAAUUUCUUUAAUAGAUCUCCUAAACAUUCAGCCAUGAAAGAUAGUAUGGCUGAUAUUUCUCAAUCAAUGGAGAAUAUCUCAAUCACUUCAAAUCAAAUGGAUAUCGAUACUUCUUUCAAAUCAACCAACUUCAUCAAUAAGGAAAACAUCACUCCUUAUAGUUCACCAACUAAAUCAAUCUUACAUCAAACUCCAACUUCACCUAAUAAACAACAAUAUCAAUUAUAUCAAAAUAUUAGUCAAUUACAACCUCAAACUCCAACCAGAUCAAAUGGGUCUCCUCAACGUUUAAAUCAAAUUCAAAGAUAUAAAUUAACUCCUGAAGAAUUUCAUAAAAAGGCUAAUGAUCCUAAAACUAAAAGAUUAGCUUCAGUUGCGCAAUUAUAUUUUCUUGAUUAUUAUUGUGAUAUGUUUGAUUAUGUUAUAAGUAGAAGAGAAAGAAGUAAAUUAGUUGAACAUAAAUUAUUAACUGAUUCAACUAUGAAUAAUCAAAGACAACAGUUAGAAUGGAAAAAUUAUAUUGGCCGUGAAAGAUCUUUAUUAAGGAAAAGAAGAUUAAAACCAAAACAUAAAGAUUUUGAAAUGAUAACUCAAGUUGGUCAAGGUGGUUAUGGUCAAGUAUUUUUAGCCAGAAAGAAAGAUACUAGAGAAAUUUGUGCUUUAAAAAUUUUAAAUAAAAAUUUAUUAGUUAAAUUAGAUGAAACAAGACAUGUUUUAACUGAAAGAGAUAUUUUAACUAAUACAAGAUCUGAAUGGUUAGUUAAAUUAUUAUAUGCAUUUCAAGAUCCUGAAAAAGUUUAUUUAGCUAUGGAAUUUGUUCCCGGUGGAGAUUUUAGAACUCUUUUAAAUAAUACUGGUUAUUUAAUUCCACCUCAUGCUAGAUUUUAUAUAACAGAAAUGUUUUUAGCGGUUAAUUCAUUACAUGAAUUAGGAUAUAUUCAUCGAGAUUUAAAACCAGAAAAUUUCCUUAUUGAUUCUAAAGGUCAUAUUAAAUUAACUGAUUUUGGAUUAGCAGCUGGAUCAAUUUCAAAUGAAAGAAUUGAAAGUAUGAGAAUUAAAUUAAAUAAUUUACAAGAUUUAACAUCAGAAAAUUAUAAAAUUCCAUCAAAAUUAAUGACUGAAAGACAAAAAAUCUUUAAACAAAGUCAAAAUUAUUAUAAUAAGAAUUUUGCAAAUUCAAUUGUUGGUUCCCCAGAUUAUAUGGCAUUAGAUGUUUUACAAGGUAAAAAUUAUAAUUUUACCAUUGAUUAUUGGUCAUUGGGAUGUAUGUUAUUUGAAAGUUUAUGUGGUUAUCCUCCAUUUUCAGGUUCAAAACAAGAUGAAACUUAUUAUAAUUUAAAGAAUUGGAAAACUUCUUUAAGAAGACCUCAAACUAAAGAUGGUAGAUUUGUUUUCAGUGAUAGAACUUGGCAAUUAAUUGUUAAAUUAAUUGCUGAUCCUCAAGAUCGUUUACAAACUUUUAAACAAGUUCAAUCAAUGGGUUAUUUUAAUGAUAUAAAUGAUUGGAAUAAUUUAAGAGAAAAGACACCUCCAUUCACUCCUCAAUUAGAUAAUGAAGAGGAUGCAGGAUACUUUGAUGAUUUUGAAGAUGAAGAAAUGAUGAUGAAAUAUAAAGAUGUAUUUGCCAGACAAGAACAUAAUGAACUGUUAUUAGAUAAAUCAUCAUCAGCUGCAUCAAAGAAAAGAUCAUCUCAAUUACAACAUAAUUUCAUUGGUUUUACAUUUAAACAUAAAUCAAAUCCAAAUAAUAAAUUUGCCAAUGGUGAAAUUAAUUUAUUAAAUAUGAAUAGUAGUAAUAAUCUUAAUAAUAAUGGUGGUAUAGGUAGAAGUAACAGAUUAGAUCCUUUAGCAACUUUAUAUUAG